AUGGACGGACUCGCUGGCAUCACGCAGUGCUACAUCCCUCCUAACGCCACCGCCGUGUACCAUUUCGAACCGGAUAAGGCCGGUAGUUUUUGGUGGCACAGCCAGCACAAUACCCAGUACCCGUACGGUCUUCGUGGGCCGCUUGUGGAGAAGGACAUUGACGCCGAGUACAACGUGGCGGACAUAUAUCACGGAGAUCCGGGUGUACCGCCUAUGUGGGACUUCAUCUUGAUCAACAACCGCGGACGCUACAACUGCACGGCUGCAGCCACGUACAGCUUCACGAAGUGCUCCGAAGACCAGCGACUCACUCGUUUUCGCUUCAAGACGGGGAAAAAGCAUCUGCUCCGUGUCAUGUCCAUGAGCGCCCUGGCUCCGUUUGAGUUCAGCAUCGACGGGCAUCUAUUGCGCGUCAUCGCAGUGGACGGAGAAUCUCUGGAGCCGUCGGAGCUCAUCACCAAUAUCACUAUCAACAUCGGACAGCGGUACGAUCUCCUUGUGGAGGCCAAGAACGCCACAGACACGCCGAUCGGCUCCUUCUGGAUAAGAGCCACGGGACUCAAUGGUCUGCCCUGGACGGCAGCAACUGGUGCUAAUGCCAGCGAUGGCUCCAUCAGCGACAAGGAACUCGAUGACCAACUCGCCGACCGUCGACGUCUCGUUCCAGCGCUGCGUAGUGGGCUCCGAUACGUCGUCCUCCUCGCAGUAUACUAUUGCCAGACCGUUGGCGUUGGUAUGACCACGGCAGAGCUGCCCGUCACGAGCAUCCCACGCGAGAUUUUCUACGGCGACCACGUCGAGAUCGUUCUGGUUAAUGAACAGAACGAGCAGCACCCGUUCCAUUUGCACGGCCACUCACCCUGGGUGGUAGGCAGCCGCCACGCCACGUUAGCUGACGUGCAGAGUAAUACUUUACGUCCAUUGAAGCUUUCCGGCGCCAUGUUCCGCGACGUGUACACUGUCCCGGUCUGUCCGGUUGGCGACACCGACGCGUGCACGGGAGUUGGCUACGUCGUACUACGACUGGAGGCGGACAACCCGGGCGUGUGGACGAUGCACUGCCACAUCGACUAUGAUAUUCAUGGAAGGAGAGAAGCAGCUGCAACAAGCAGGCGUCGACGCCUUCUCCAGCAGUACCUUGAGCGUCUGUGGCAGCUACUACACCGGGCUGCGUUCAACACGGCCACAACCGUCACCGUACCGUAG